AUGGGUAAUAUUGUUGAAGCUGCCGGGAAGCUCCGUACCGGUCCCGAACCCCAACGGGUUGUAAUGCUUGGUCUUGAUGCUGCAGGCAAAUCAACCAUUCUCUGUAGCAUGAAUUUGGGCAACAACACCACAGUGAAGCCCACCAUCGGUUUCAAUGUGGAGGAGGUCCGCAUACCAGGAACACGGGUCUCCUUUGUGGUGUGGGACCUUGGAGGGCAGGAAUCACUUCGCAUAAUCUGGCGCCAAUACCUUCAGGGCAUCUCAGGCCUUGUCUUUGUGGUGGAUUCCGCCGACGUCAGCCGCAUAGAGGAGGCACGGUCUUGCUUACAUGAUCUCCUUCGGAAUCCUCACCUUGCUGGAGUACCAAUAGCUCUGGUGGCGAAUAAGCAGGAUCUUACAGAUUCCCUCUCUGUAACCCAGGUGGAGGAACUCCUCGAUAUGGGAAGACUUUCACCCCUUCGAAAUCCUUACAUCGUUCGACCGACCAUUGCAUUGAGCGGAGUGGGAGUCACACAACUCUUUGUUGACUUUGCCAAGUUGGUGAGGUUACAGGAGAAGCGCUGGGCUACGUAUACUCGUCGAAACUCCACAAUGAGCUCCGCCUCCGAUGAGUCCGGUAUUCGCCGAAGUUGGAAGGCCCGAUUGUCUGCACGCGUACCGCAUAUAUUUAGACGCAGUGGUGAGACCUCGGUGUGA